AUGGAAUUGUUCAACUCUGCUCUUGAAAGAAAUAUCACCUUUGUUCGUCCUGCUUAUUUUAUAAUAAGUGGUUUCAUUGGCUUACCAUAUAUGAAGUAUUACUAUGUUUUUCUGUCUUUUAUCUACAUUUUUUCAGUGCUUGGAAACACAGCUGUUAUGGCUGUAAUAUGUCUGGAUCAUAAUCUAAGAACUCCUAAGUAUGUUGCUGUUUUCAACCUGGCCCUGGUCGACCUGUUAGGUAACACUGCUCUAGUACCAAAAGUGCUUGAUAUAUUUUUAUUCAAAAAUUAUAUUGUUUCAUACAAUGAUUGCAUGACAUUUCUUUUUUUUUGCUACACAUUUCUUAGUAUGCAGGCUCUCAGUCUUGUUGUUCUAUCUUAUGAUCGAAUGGUGGCCAUCAUGUUUCCCUUGCACUAUCAAAUAAAGGUUACCAACAGAUCCAUGUUUUCUUUGAUUGCAUUUUUCUGGAUUUUUGCCAUAAUUGGAUAUUUAUUUACAGUUGGUCUUCUCACCCGACUUUCCUUCUGUAAGUCUGUGAUUAUUAACAGCUAUUUCUGUGACCAUGGCCAAAUGUUUAAACUUGCGUGUAAUGAUAAUUUCCCCAGUUUAAUCAUUUCUUAUUUGAUGCCUUUUACUUAUUUUUGGCUUCCUUUUGCAGUCAUACUGUCUAGUUAUCUUUGUAUUGGUUAUGCUUUAUCUAAAGUAGCUUCAGUUCACGAAAGAGCCCAAGCCUUUAAAACGUGCACAGCUCAUCUGUCAUUAGUGGUGAUCUAUUUCAUUCCAUUAUUAAUCACAUUUACUAUGCAAGCAAAAAUACACCCAAAUGCCAGGAUCAUAAAUUUGUCUCUGGCCUCAGUUCUUCCACCCAUGUUGAAUCCUAUCAUUUAUGUUCUACAGACUCAAGAAAUAAAAGUUGUAAUGCAGAAAAUGUUAAAAAAGAAAAGGCAGUCAAGAAAUAUAGUAAAAUAA